UCCCCACAAAUAAUAUUUUAUAUCUUCAAUAAUUGCUAAUGCUAGUAUUCGAAAACAAAACCUCGUGGUUAAUUAAGAUAAACAACAAUCUACCAACUCAACUAACUUCAUAUUAAGUGUUGUCAAGUGUCUAUUCGAGUACCCAGUUGGAUCCGUCACAGAAAAUGUAUAGAUUAGUUGAAUGUAAACACAGAAAAUUAUUAAAGAUCAUUACCAAAAAUAGAAUGAGCAAAAUUUAAUAAAAGGAUUUAAAGCCAAAAGUGGUGAUGCUUUCGUUGCACCCUACGAGUAUCAGUUUGAUUACAUAUAAGCGGGUUCAGCUGGCUCACGUGCUUGCAAAUGAGGGCACUUUAAUUUUUCUAAAAAACUAAAAGUUUAGAAGGAGGUACCGAGAAUCAAACUAAAAACCAACAAUGAAAUUAAUAUGUUGUGUUCUCACUGAACUAACUAUGCUGCAAAUUACAUAUAAAAACUAGUCCAAAAAUAAAUUAUAGUAAAUUAUAAUUUUAUAAGGUUGAAAUGAAAAUAUUAUAUUUGUGUCAAUUUUUAUCGGCUGCUGGUUUGAAUUCUAAAUCCGCCAUUGUUUGUAAUGACUAUAUUGAUGUUGUAGUUCCCUCUCUCUCUAUACAUAAUAAGAUCAGUCAUUGUCUUUAUUUUCGUAAUUAUCUUCUUGUCCCCAUCUCGUCAAUGGAUCAUCCGCCUUAUAUUCCUCACAAUCCUUGUUCCGCUUCUUCCUCUGAUGAAGAACCAGAAGAAUAUCAUCCGUACCAAAAAGACGGUCUAAUAGCAGCGUAUGAAUAUAGUCAUAUAUUCAACGUAUUCGAAGGUUCGAAGGAAACUGUAUAUUACGUUCGCGUAGACAUGCCAGGAGUUCCAGAAGGUUCCGUUAGAGUUUUCAAGAACAGUCAACGUAAAAUGAUAAGUUUCCAAGGAAGAGCCCCUAUAUUAUGGUCUAAUUGCGAAGCUUCUGAUAGAUUUUACGCAGGUUAUGUUCUCUUUGAUAAAGAUCCUGAUCAAAUUAAAAUUGGUUUUGGAAUUGUGAAUGGUUGUUUUCGUAUGUGGUUCACUCCCUGUGUGGCUCAACUCUGUUUUCUUGAUACUAAAAAUGAUGAUCAACGAUUUGAUCAUGAUGAUGAUGAUCCAGCUGAUCAAGUUUUAGAAGGUUUUGAGCGUCUACGUAAUUGCACUACGUUCAUUGAACAUGCUCCUGAGGAAGCAACUGGGAUAAAACUGAAGGGAGGAAAGCAAGUGGACUUGAAUCCAUUUCAGAUAAGUGGGGUGAAAGGAGUAUACGAAGACAAAAUCAUUAAGAUUGGUAAUGAGUUGUAUGUGUAUGUGCGAGUGGAUGUUCCAACGGUUCAGCAGUGCGUUAUCAAAGAGAUUGCAAAUAGAUGUCUUGUAUUUAAUGCUGAUGCGGUUGUUUACGACUCCCGCUGCGAUGGGCGACUACGAAGUUUCAUGGGUUUGUUGGCUGCUAAGUGCAAUUGUUGUCUGUACGAGCUCGUUCGAUACGAUUUUAGAGAUGGUGUUAUACGAUUCUUAGCUCGUAAAAUCGAUGAUAGAGUCGCCGGCAGUACUAUCCCAUCGACGAACAUUCAUUUUUGUGAACCUCCCGAAACUUGUUCUAUUCGGGGUCUCAUUGUGCGAAAGGAUUAGGAAUAGCUAGGAAAAGUUUUCACAUUGUGUGUGGUUUGUGAAUUAAUAUCAAGCUGUUUAAUACGUCAUAUUGUAAUUCGUUAUCAACGACCAGCUAUAAAUCGUUUGCCAAACACCGGUAUUAUAUUAAGUGGGUUCAAAAAGUCAGAGUCAUUUUAAAUAACAAAUUGCUUGUAAUGAUUAUAUUGUUGUAAAAAUAGAUAAAAUUAAUAUAGAAACUCGUGCAAUGUAUGAAUUUAUUAAUAUGAAUCAAAUAUAUAAAAA